CACCGCACGCUUCCCUAUAACCAAGCUUCCCGACUGAACUCGCUGCCACGCGACCUUCCCCACGACGGUAGCACUCCUGCUCUCGGGCUCUGUUCGUCGAUUUCCUCGCUCCGCCAACAUGGGCGAACAGGACAACAUCGCGCCCGCGAAGCUGGGCGUCGAGAGCAUUGUCGAUGACCCCAACUCCUCCGACAGCAACAGCGGGCUGCGGUCGCGGCGUCCUUUUGGAUCGGCCCAGGAAAAUGGAAAGGAUAUUGAGAGUGAUCAUGAGGACGAGGGAAAAUUGAAGCGCAACUUGAAGAACCGCCAUCUGCAGAUGAUUGCCAUCGGAGGAACUAUCGGAACUGGUUUGUUCAUCGGUAGUGGAACAGCACUGGCAGAGGCGGGUCCAGCGGGCUCACUGAUCGCAUACGCCUUCGUCGGUUCCAUCGUGUACUCCGUCAUGUGCUCCUUGGGAGAGAUGGCGACCUAUAUCCCCGUUCCCGGUGCCUUUACAUCCUACGCCGCGCGCCUCGUCGAUCCGAGUUUGGGUUUUGCCAUGGGCUGGAUUUACUGGUUCAACUGGGCAUCAACCUACGCCGUCGAACUCACUGCCUCUGGCAUGAUCAUCAAAUACUGGGACGAGAACCUAUCCGUCGCUAUCUUCAUUGGAGUUUUCUGGGUUGUGAUCUCGGCCGUCAACUUCCUUCCCGUUGGAUUUUACGGCGAAUUGGAAUUCUGGUUCUCCUUGACCAAGGUAUUGACGGUGUUAGGAUUCAUGAUUUUUGCUAUCUGCAUUGAUGCCGGAGUCGGAAGACAGGGUUACCUGGGGUUCAAGUAUUGGCACGAGCCAGGUGCAUUCGCACCCUACCUGAUCACCUCGGAUCUGGCCGUUGGCAAGUUUGUCGGUUUCUGGGCGGUGCUCAUCCAGGCUGGUUUCUCUUACCAGGGUACCGAGCUUGUUGGUGUCGCUGCUGGUGAGACUGAGAAUCCUCAGAAGACCGUCCCGUCUGCCAUCCGCAAGACAUUCAUUCGGAUUCUUGUUUUCUUCGUCUUGACCAUUUUCUUCAUUGGCCUGUUGGUUCCUUAUGACAACCCCAACCUGGCUAGCGGCGCCAGCAACGCUUCCGCCUCUCCUAUGGUCAUCGCCGCCAACCUGGCCGGUGUCAAGGUCCUUCCCAGUCUGAUCAAUGCCGUCCUGUUGACCGUCGUCUUGUCUGCCGCCAACUCCAACGUCUACAGUGGUAGCCGAGUCCUGCUGGGCUUGGCUCAAGAAGGCUUUGCGCCGCCAUGCUUCGGCUGGGUCACGCAGCGUGGUGUGCCGUAUGUCAGCGUGGCUUUCACCGCCCUCUUUGGUCUUCUGGGAUUCAUGAACGUGUCCAGCUCCGGAACCACUGUGUUCAACUGGCUGGUCAACAUUUCCAGUGUGGCUGGUUUCAUUUGCUGGACGUCCAUUAACGCCAGCCACAUCGCCUUUAUGAAGGCAAUGAGUGCCCGUGAUAUUUCCCGCCAGACCCUCCCCUACAAGUCCUGGGGCCAGCCCUACUUGGCGUGGUAUGGACUGUUCUUCAACAUCCUGAUUAUCUUCACUCAGGGCUUCACCGCCUGGAUUCCUCACUUCAAUGUCUCCGACUUCUGGGUUGCCUACGUCUGCCCGAUCCUCUUCAUUGUGUUGUAUCUUGCGCACAAGGCCUGGUAUCGCACCUCGUUUGUCCGCCCUCUCGAGGCGGACCUGGACACGGGUAGACCGCAGUUCACCCACUGGGAGACCUCGGACCCCAAGGAUGGGUGGGGUCGAAGACUGUGGGACAGCAUCAUGGGCUAGUUCAUGCGUCUUAUGAUGAGUAGCAUUUGACAAGCACGCAGGAUAACGAGCGUCUGCAGCAUCGAAAUUAUCAGCAGGGUAAUUGGCACUGUCAGAUGCGUCGAGUUGUAGCAGUUUCUUGUAUAUAUUAUUGGUCGGGCAGCGUUAUGCUGUAUUAGCAUUGGUUUUGAAUUUGUACCAUCGACUUUGC